AACGCAUCUGCGCUCAGGGCUGCGAGCGCUGCAGCCUGGCUUGGGUUCCCCAGGACCCCUGGAAGCCAGCCCUGAUCUCUCCAUCAUUGACCAUGGCCAGCCAGUCCUGCCUCCCUCUUGCCCCACGCCUCUCUCCGCUGAAACCUUUGAAGCCACACUGUGGAGAAAUCCAGGUAGGAAUCUGUGUGAUGAUAGAGCGUAGUGACAAGAGGAUCCAUCUGGCUGUGGUCACGGAAAUCAACAGAGAAAACUCGUGGGUUACAGUAGAAUGGGUUGAGAAAGGAGUCAAAAAAGGCAAGAAGAUUAAUCUGGAGAACAUCUUGCUGCUGAAUCCAGCUCUGUCCUCUGCCGAACAUCCCAAGUCGCUCAAGCCAUUGCCCCCUCUGUGUCUGGCACCCUCUCCAGGCAUCGGGGACCAGUGGGCAACCCCACAGCGAAUUGCUGUUACCCCCCAGAAAAGUGAAACACCCUCAGGGGACUGUCCUGCUGUGGAAGUCCCCAGCCAACCUUUUCUGAUGAGGCAGAGAAAAUCUCCCUGCCUGCGCGAAAUUGAGAAACUGCAGAAGAAGCGAGAGAAGCGCAGGCAGCUGCAGCUGCAGAUACGAGCCAGACGUGCUCUCGACGUGAACACCGGACAUCCCAACCUCGAGGUCAUGCGCAUGAUCGAAGAGUGUCGCAAGGGCCUGGACAGCAGCAAGAUCCCCAUGCCUGGCCUCGAGCCCCAUGAACACCACCGGAUCUGCGUCUGCGUGCGGAAGAGGCCUCUCAACGAGCGCGAGACCAUCAUGCAAGACCUGGACAUCAUCACUAUCGUCUCGGACCACACAGUCGUGGUGCACGAGUCCAAGCAAAAGUUGGACCUCACUCGCUAUCUGGAGAACCAGACCUUCUGUUUCGACCAUGCCUUUGAUGACACUGCCUCCAACGAGCGGGUGUACCGGUUCACAGCCCAGCCGCUGGUGGAGUCCAUCUUUCGCCAGGGCAUGGCCACUUGCUUUGCCUAUGGGCAGACAGGCAGUGGGAAGACACACACCAUGGGCGGAGCCUUUUUUGGAAGGGCCCAAGAUUGUUCUAAAGGCAUCUAUGCCCUGGUGGCUCGGGAUGUCUUUCUCUUGCUCAAAAAUUCCACUUACGAGCAACUAGAUCUCAAAGUCUAUGGGACCUUUUUUGAGAUUUAUGGUGGCAAGGUGUAUGACUUGUUGAACUGGAAGAAGAAACUGCAAAUUCUUGAGGACGGUAAGCAACAAAUCCAAGUGGUUGGGCUGCAGGAAGAAGAGGUCCAUUGCACGGAGGAAGUGAUGAGCCUUGUGGAGCUAGGCAACCGCUGCCGGACUUCCGGACAGACGUCUGUUAAUGUUCACUCAUCCCGGAGCCACGCGGUGUUCCAAAUCAUCUUGAAGUCCAGAGGGAAACUACACGGCAAGUUUUCCCUCAUAGACUUAGCUGGGAAUGAAAGGGGAGCGGAUACGGUCAAAGCCAACCGGAAGAGGCAGCUAGAAGGGGCAGAGAUCAAUAAGAGUCUCCUUGCCCUCAAAGAAUGCAUCAGGGCUUUGGGUCAUCAUACAUCUCACACCCCUUUCAGAGCCAGCAAACUCACGCAAGUGCUCCGGGAUUCCUUCAUAGGCCAGAAUUCCUCCACUUGUAUGAUUGCGACCAUCUCGCCAGGGAUGACGUCUUGUGAAAACACCCUCAACACUUUAAGAUAUGCCAACAGAGUUAAAGAAUUAGCCCCAGGUGCAAGGCGCUACCAGCGUUGCCUCUCGAAGAUUAGACAGGAGGCACCCCCGACUUCAGAAAGGCAUACGAAGACUCCCCCCCUGUCCUUUCAGGAGGAUGAGUUUAUGAAAACACCCUGUGCACAGAGUGUUGAGGGGAAGCUGAGAAAAGAAACUGCACUAUUAUCCUCUGCACUCGUGAAGGAUAGAACUUCGCGGAAGGAAUCUAGCCAGUGGUGGGAGGGCAUCCAGGAUGCGGCUGAAGGAGUAAACUAUGAUGUGGAAGACUGCAUUGCCCACUCGCUGUCUGUUUUGGAACAGAAGAUGGAUGUUUUGAGCGGGAUCGAAAAGAAACUGAAAUUAUUGCGAGCUGAUCUCCAAAAGAGCAAGACAGCGAAGCCGACAGCAAGAGAUCUGGACUGAGAUGCCAGACAACACUGUAGGUUCCACCCCUCUUACAUAAGAAGCUUUGGCCAAAUUGUCUAAUCAUAAAGGUCCUC